AAAUGCUCCGCUCAGUCUCGCGCUUUCCGUCUCGCUUCUUCCUUCCGUCUUGGUUCAGAGCCACUGCGUACCAUCCAUCAUUGUAAACCAGCCAUAGGCGCCCUGGCUUCCAAUGAGUGAAGGCGAUGCUCCCGUCAAGCCGACCUUCGUAAAGCGGUCGAGACCCAGAGGGUCGGCCGGAGUGGGACUCAGCGCCUCUUCUGCAGCUUCUACGCCCCUCCGCUCUGGCAACGGCCAUGCGCCAGCCCAGGAAGAGCAGGAGGAGGAGGCCGAGGAUGCCGGAGUAGUCAGGAGGAUCAAUACAGUGAGGAAGAGCAGAGGUGACGCCUUCGCAACCUCGGGCAAGUCAGAGAAACGCAAAAGCCAAGGCUUCCGCUUCGACGGCGGCGAGGACGCGGAGGAGGACGCAGAUGCGUUUCAGAUUCGCUCAUCCGCCAAAGCUAGCUCCUCGCGCUUAGGUCCCGCCCCUCCAGUCAGUCUAGACCAGGCAUCCCUCCAUGAUCCGCAACCUUCCUCGUCUCGCAGCGCUUACUCUACUGAGGCACUUGCGGCUCUCAAGGCUUCUACACCAUCGACGAGGGUCAUCGAGGAGAUGCAAGCCGCUGUAGAUGAGGAUGGAAAUCCUAUCAUGGUCUUCGAGACAUCAGGCGAGGACAGGGACGCUGUGGAGGGAAAAGGCGAAGCAGCAGCUGGCCCGUCUCGUUAUGCAUUUCAGACUAUGCCCGAUCCAAUGAGCCACGGCGACUCGAGACUUCGCUUCGGGGCGGGUCAUCUGGACGAAGGCGAAGGCUUGGUACCGAGUCAGAGCGUGAUAGAAGCUGCCAAAGAGAGAAGGCGAAAAGCUGCUGCAGGAAACGAGAUCGGCCCAGACGACUUUGUCUCGAUCAAUGAGACAGCCCUGACAAAGAGCAAAAGAUCGCUCUCACAAGUGGAAAGGUACGGUCGUGAUAGAGAAGACCUGGGGCCACACCCUGAGUCCAAUCUUCAGCGAGAGGAAGAUGAGGUAGGAUCUGGUGAGGAAGAGUACGCCGACUUCACUGGCGCAACAGAUCGAAUCGCUGUGGACACCAAGAGCAGAAGGAGAGAAGAGGCGAGAAGAAAGAAGGAGCAAGCCGAUAUGGUCAUCGAUGCAAAAGACAGCGAAGAUGAAGAGGACAGUGAUGAUGACUUUGAGAGAGCGCAGAUGAGGAAGAUGGAGAUGCCUGGGGAGAGGAGGCGGAGAGAACACAGGGAGGUGUCGCCGUACCGACCAGCGCCAUUACCGCCCAUCAUCCCGUUGCCGGGCAUGUCAACUACCCGCGAUAGGCUCUCUAUGCGCCUAGAGGACCUCGAACAAUCCAACAAAGCCCACACAGCCGUCAUGGAGGACGCUCAACGCAGUCUCGCUCAGCUCGAUCAAGACGAGGUCGCAAACAAGGCCGAAGUCGAGACUUGGGGUGAGAAGGAGGCAUGGAUUCGGGAGCUGGCUACCUUCGUCGAGUCGCUUUCUGGACUGCUAGAGGAGACGUUUCCUACUCUUGAAGCGCUCGAGGAGGACUUCAUUGCUCUACUCUCCGAAAGGGCUACGAUCGUGCAGCGGAGCAGAGCCAAGGAAAUGGAAGAUGAAUUGUCGCUCUUCUUUGGCGUACCUUCACUUUGUCUGUUGCCACCUCGAUCAAACCCUUCAGAUCGGGACCUAGAGUCUUCCAUGCUCUUGGACGACGAAGGGGAACGAGUGGAGGAGCGAGCAGAAGAAUGGAAUCCAGCUGCAGAUGGUGUGGCGACCAGCGAGCUGCGUACUCGUCGAAGAGAGACGGGUUCAGUACCUGCGAACCAAGCUAUCCUGCGAGAAUCCUCUCUCUCUGCACCAGACCAGGCCGCUUUCGAUCGAGCAUUGGCUCCACUUACAAGACGAGAAGCGAGCCUGAUGGGAAAUGUCGAGGCUGCCGAAUUCCAGCGGCCGAAUGCGACCAUCUCUUCAGCAGGUGUGCAGGCGAAGCUCCACCCUUCUUCUAUUCACGCGCGCUUCGCAGCCUGGAGAAGUCAAUACUCUGACGACUACCACGGUGCCUGGGGCGGACUGGCGAUCGCAAGUGUGUGGGAGUUCUGGGCUCGCAAAGAGCUAGCCCUCUGGGACGCCCUUCGCUGGACCCCAAGCAACACGAGCGUUGGUCCAAGGGACUUGGAAGCGGCUGAGUCUCUCACAGCCGUACAGCACUACGUGGAAGAAGCGCUGGAGACUGGGAGCGACCCAACUCUGGGAGGUGAUGAUGAAGCCGUAAACACCCUCGUCAAUACGGUCUUUGUCUCCAAGCUUUUGGCCGUAGCAGAGAAGGGAGCUUAUGAUCCUUGGAGCUCUGCAGAGACGCAGCGUGCAGUCUUGCUCGUACGUCAGGUGUCAGACUUUCUAGAUCGCAAAGGUGUGCGAUUGCAGUCUCUCGUCUCAGCCUUUCUCAAAGUCUUUGAGGCUCACAUCAUGCGACUGGACCAAUCACUGUCCAGUGCACCUACCAUCGCACCACCAGGCUUCCACCCUCUUUCCAUCCCCGCCCGUCUCUCCUUUGCCACUCGCCUCCUCUCCCCACCUCAAGCAGGCACUCAACCACCCUCAGCAGGUCUCCUCUUCAAUCUGCUCAGGUGGGACGCACUCGUGGCAGGUGAGCAGAAUAGACGUUCUUACGAGGAGCUGCUGGAUAUUCUCCUGUCAAAGAUAGGCUGGGAGCUACUACGCAGCGCGGCCGAGCAGGGUGGGGCUCGGUUGGCCGGUCUAAUUCUGAGCGCCUUGCCGCCGAAUGCGCCCCUGCAGGCAGAUGUCCUUUCGCGCUUGCGCAACCUUGCGGGUACUUCAGCUUCUGCGAUGUGAUGUGAUGUUUGGUGUAUGCAAUGAUAUGAUUGCCCUCGUGCUAGAUGUUUAUUAAUACAACGCAAAGCCUUUAUACCGCUAGACGGUGCGUGUCCCCCUGUUUGUUCUCUCUGCCCCUUAAAGAAUGGCACAUUUGGUCUCGUCAUGACCACAGCUCCUGAGCCUCCUCGACGCUGCCUACAGCGUGAAUGGCCUGGAUUCCCAAAUCGAACCUGAAGCUCUGACCCCUCUUGCUACCCCUGGCAGCCGCAUCAGACU